GGGGCGCUGUGCACAACAUCACUAAGGAAGAAGAGGAAGCACUUCCGCAGGUCAGAGGUAAACAGGCGUGUUUGAAAACAUGGAUGAAGACAAACUACCUAGUGAUGGAGACAUUGGAUCUGUCAUGGGGUUCUCUGGGUUUGGUAAGAAGGCUCGCACAUUUGAUCUUGAAGCCAUUUUUGAGCAGACCAGGAGAACAGCUAUUGAAAGGAGUCAGCGAAUCCUGGAGGAGCGACAGAGAGGAGCUCAGAUGGAAGAGGAAGGUGAGAGCUCCAAGUCACUUAAUCCAUCAGUCCCCGGUCAGAGAGACAAAGGUGCAGCUAGGAGCCAAGGUGGCAGUGACAGCAGCGAUUCAGACUCUGAGAUCAUUGGUCCUCCAGUGCCCUCUCAACCUGUAGCCCAGGAGGAAAAUGAUGAGCCUAUAGGCCCCCCCCUUCCACCAGGUUAUAGGGACAGCUCAGCCAACAGUGAUGAUGAUGAAGCUGAGGCAAAAGAUGAUGAUGACGACGACGAUGAUGACGACGAUGAUGAUGAUGAUAACCCAGUGAAGAAGAUUCCAGACACCCAUGAGAUCACCUUACAGCACGGCACCAAAACAGUAUCAGCUCUUGGUUUAGACCCCUCUGGAGCCCGCCUAGUGACGGGCGGAUACGAUUACGAUGUGCGGUUCUGGGACUUUGCCGGGAUGGACCAGGCUCUACAGGCUUUCCGAACCCUGCAGCCCUGUGAGUGUCAUCAGAUCAAGACCUUGCAAUACAGCAUCACAGGUGAUGUCCUCCUGGUGGUCUCUGGCAAUGCACAGGCCAAAGUGUUGGACCGGGAUGGCUUUAACGUCAUGGAGUGUGUGAAAGGAGACCAGUACAUUGUGGAUAUGGCCAACACAAAGGGACACACAGCUAUGCUGAACAGUGGCUGCUGGCAUCCUAAGAUGAAAGAAGAGUUCAUGACCUGCUCGUAUGACGGCACUGUACGCACUUGGGACGUGAACUCAGAAAAGAAGCACAAGUCGGUGUUCAAACCUCGCUCCCAGCAGGGGAAGAAGGUCGUCCCCACCUGCUGCACUUACAGCCGCGACGGGAAGCUCAUUGCAGCAGGUUGCCAAGAUGGCACCAUCCAGAUCUGGGAUCGAAACAUGAGC